AUGAAAACGGAGCAAUCGACGGUAGAGACGUUAAGAAAUGGGAUUUUUCAAAGUCACACUAGCGUCCUUGUUGCAUAUGCCGACACUUAUUUUGGCAGGCGUCUGUUUUCUCAGCUCUAUCAGGAUAGCAACGCUGAUAAGGAGGGGAAAUCCUACAAACUGUUUGCGUGCACCUGGGAGAAGGAUGGGGCGCAGGUGUUAGUUGAGGAGAGAGUGGCUGCGGCUCUCUUGACGGGGGCGGAGUUGGAUGCUGCUGAGACGGAUGCUGCCGAUACCGAUUUUGCUCAAGCAUUGGAUUCAUUGAGCGGAGCGCAAGAAGCCUCGUUGGCGCCGCCGCCAGUGGCUACGACGGUUUUCGCGAAUGAUCCUGGCACGGACUCUUUGCGUGUCUUCUGGCGGGGUGACACAAUGGCAAUGCUUCAUGCGAUUCUUCAGGCGGACUGCAUCGUCAUGGAGAUGCGGCAGGCACAGGACGUGUUUGAUAUGAUGCAUGCGCUCAGCACAAAGGAGCAUCUGAAGAGAAAACGGAUCAUUGUCGUUUCCUCAUUGUUGACGUGGUACGCAACACCGCCGAUUCAGAUGGAUCCAAUGGACGAGAAUGGAGGCAAAAGCAACACGGAAGGCGAUUUUGCGGAAAAGGAGGAAGAAGAUGAUGAACUGGAUGAGGAAGAAGUUGAAGAGGAGCCUCGGCCGCCGGAUCAGCGUGAAGUGGACGCAAUUCUUGGUCAGUUCGACUUUAUCGAAGGCGAGGACAACGACAACGACAACAUCAAUGACGAAAAUGGCAAUGAGACCGAGUAUAACGUGGAACUCUUUACGGAAGAUCAAUACAAUCGCCGUAUUCCACACGCCAAGUACUACAACUGGCGUGAGGCAGAACGUGUAGUGGCUGCGUGGAACUCCGAGGAGCGAAAUAUCCAGACAUGCGUAGUUUUUUCGGGUCUACAAUAUGGGGAAGGCGAGGAUGCGCUCCAACCGUUUUUUUCGCAGGCGUGGAAUCGUGAAAAAAGAGGUUUGCCCAUUUACGGUGACGGUACACAACUUGUACCAACUGUACAUAUACGUGAUCUUGUGACUUUUACAAAAAGACUGAUUGAAACGGAGGAACCGCCUGCUCUUCCGUAUGUGUUCGCAACGGAUUCUGGAACGGUGUCGUGGCAGCGUAUGGUGAACGCGAUGAAUCAUGCGUUUGGUGGUGAAAAGACGUUCCACGUACCAUCUCAAGAAUAUGCUCUUUAUAGUAAUGUUGAGCUUUUUACACUGAAUAUGCGUGUUGAUAACCAGACGAUGCAAAAUUUGAUGCCAGCUGCCGAGGAUUGGGUGGCGCAGUCCGGUUUCGUUGCCAACAUUUCUAAAACUGCCUUUGAGUACGUUACAGCCCAUCAUUUGCAGCCGAUUCGUCUUGUGGUUCUCGGUCCACCACUCUCCGGAAAGACGUACCUGGCAGAAGCGUUGGCGCAACGGCACUAUCACCUGCCGACAUUCACAAUGGAACGAGUGCUGGAGGAGUUUAAGGCCUAUAUUGCCGCUUUAAAGGAACGACUAAAGAAAUUCCGGCGCCAUCUGUACGAAACGGAGAAGAAGCGGCGAGAAGAAGCAAAGAAGCGGGCCUUCUUGCGUUUUCGUAAGAAGGCCGGUGAUGGGGAAGGCGAAGAUGAAAAAGAAGACGAGACGGAGGCAACGGAAGCAGGGAUGCAGUCGGAAAAUGGCGCACGUAACUCCUCUGCUGCAGAUGAGGUGCCAGGCGGUAAGAAGAAGCAACGCGUUACUGUUGGCGAAAAGGACAGUAGUGACAUGGAGGAAAACCUGGUGGAUUUUACUUUGACGGAAGAGGAACUGCAAGCCGUGGAGGAACUUGUGGAGGAGUGGUUUCAGCAUAAUGAUCGUGCCACGCAGCUACGCGAGACGAUUGCGUCGAUGGAACGGGUGCUUGCAAUGCGAAUAAGAUUGCAACCGGCCGCAAACGCCGAGGCGUUGGGCGCCACGAAUCCCAAAAAGAGAAAAGAACUGGCAAAGUCCAAACGAGGCAACCGUUCAGGAAACAAAAAACACACCACAGAAGAAGAAGACGCAUUGAACGAACUGCAAGAGAAUGCACCGUUUCAAGACAAGGCGCUUGCGCUGAUGAUGCGAUGGCGUUUAUCUCGUGCGGAUUGCCGUAACCAGGGCUAUGUGAUGGAUGGUUUCCCAGAGACUGUAACGCAGGCACGCCUGGUUUUUGGCGACGCACCCCUCGAAAUCCCAGAGACCAUGGAAGAAGCAGCUGCAGGAGGCGCCUUUGCUUCCAAUAGCAACCUCUCAGUAUUGAGAACGCAUGAGGUAAAUGCUGCCCCACCCUCGAAAGAACCAUGCGAAGAGGCACGGUUACCAUCGUUUGUUUUUAUACUUGACGCCGCUGAAAAUUAUCUGCUGGACCGUUUAAAAGCGCUCUCAGAAAAGUUGAAUGAACCACCUGGAAAUGAGGAAAAACGCCUGGCACGCUUUGAGGAUGCAAUAACAGUGUAUCGAAAGCAGUUUCUGGACACAGAUUACUCCCUCUCAAAUUUUUUUGAGUGCGCCCGCACGGUUGCGAAGACACUCACACCCGGUGGCCGUGGUGUGACGGUGUCUUUUUUAAAAGUUGAUGCGGAGCCGCUUUUGUCACCGCCUCCACCAGAGUCGCAGUACUCUGUCGCGCCGCCCAGCGAGGUGGAACGGGUCAUCUGUGAACGGGUGGGGAAGCCGCGGAACUUUGGACCUACACCGCAGCAACAGUACCAAGAGAAGGUGCGGGAAAUAAAGCUCCUGGAGGAGGAGCGUCAAAAGGAACUCAGGGCAGUUAUGGAACAGAGCGAACGUGAAAAGAAUGAAUACAUACGUGAGAGCGAGCAACGCUCACAGGUCGAAAACACCCGUCAGGAAAUUGAGGUCAUGGAUCGAAACUCGUUGGAGCUGCGAAAGCUUCCUCUGCGCGAGUACCUGCAGCACAACAUUGUGCCACUGCUAAGCAAGGGUCUUGUGGAGGUCUGCAAGACACGCCCGAAGGACCCCGUUGACUUUCUUGCAGAGUGGCUGAUGCGUCACAAUCCACUCGAUGAUUCUUGCUUUGAAUUAUAG